GGCCAAGGUGACCAUCAGGAAGAGACGAGCUGUCAAGCUGACGUAGCUGGAAGGCGACGAGAGGAUCGGUUUUUGUAUUUUUAGCAGCGAGGUGAGGAAGAACGGGGGAAGCGUUGCUUGAGUUUUGCCACAAUGGCUGCUGUUAAAGAAGAGAUCCAGCUUGGUCCUCCAGAGAGCAAGAGUGUACCUUGUUACAAGGCAGCCCUUCUCGAUAAUGGCGAGGACUUUGAGAUGCUCAGUGAGGAUGAUGAGAAUGAUCUCAGUGAUCUCCCACCAUUAGAAAAUGCGGAAACCUUGAAGUCAAGAGAGAAGAUAACAAAAACCGAACAAAGGAAAGAAACUGUACAUGUGCAGGAGACGGUGGAUGAAUGGAUGGAGGUGCUAGGAACCAAAUUGCUAAUGAAAAAGAUUUUGAUUGCUGGCCAAGGAGAGGAUACAAGACCAAAGAGAGGCCAGCUUGUUAUAAUUCACUUAAAAACCAUGCUGGAAAAUGGAACUGUUUUAGAUGACCAGGAAAGUCUCUCUUUCACUUUGGGAGAUGGUGAUGUAAUGCAGGCUCUGGAUCUCACGGUGCAACUAAUGGAAGUCAAUGAGACAGCCCUAAUUUUUACUGAUGCCAAAUAUGCUUAUGGCUGUCAGGGGAGCACUGACCCAUGUAUACCUUCAAACACCAGCCUUAAUCUGGAAGUGCAAUUACUGCAGGUAGUAGAUGCCCCAGACUUAGAGGACAUGACACCUCAGGAGAAGAUUGAACUGGCUGACAAGAAACGAGAGCGUGGGAAUUUCUAUUACCAGAGGGGGGACUAUGUUUUUGCCGUCAACUCAUAUACUAUUGCCCAGAAAGUGACAGGUUCAAGUUCAAGAGUUGAUAUCACUCCAGAAGAAGAGGCUGAACUGCUGGAUAUUAAGGUGAAAUGUCUCAACAAUUUGGCAGCAUCACAGCUGAAGCUAGAACAUUACGAGAUGGCUUUAAAGUCUUGCAAUCAGGUCUUGGAGCAUCAACCAGAUAACAUCAAAGCCCUUUUUAGGAAAGGCAAGGUGCUAGCUCUGAAAGGAGAAUACUCGGAAGCUAUUGCAAUGCUAAGACGAACUUUGAAGCUUGAACCAUCCAACAAGACCAUCCAUGCAGAGCUCUCCAAGUUGGUGAAGAAGCACUCUGAGCAGAAAGACAAAGAACAAGCAAUGUAUAAAAAGAUGCUUGGCAACCCUAGCAGCGUGGCGUCCCUAAAGUGUACCAACAAGCAAUCUUGGAAUGUAAACUGGAAGUGGCUGUUUGGAGCAACAGCUGUUGCCAUUGGAGGAGUGGCCCUGUCUGUGGUUAUUGCAGCCAGAAACUGAUUUUUCUCCUCUAUGCAGACCUUGACCACCUUUCAAAUGUUUCCUCAUGGUACUACGGUGUUGGCGGCUGUGAAACAGCACUCUUCUUAAACAACAAACCAACAGACUAAGUGAGAUGGUGGUUUGCUUUUGCAGAUUGCUUGCAAAGUGAAGCACAGAGAAGAAACCUAAAAUGUUCUGAUGCUUUUUAAAGAAGUUUAGGAAAGUUAUAUAUACUGUAGGGGAUAAUAUGCACCAUCAUGAAUCUUUGCUGAGUCAUGUAAAUAUUUCUGCUUAAGUUGAUGUUUAUGGUCAUAGGCGAUUACUCAGUAUUUAGUGGGUCAUCCCAGGCCAGUCUGUUUCUUUCGUAACACUUUGUCAUUUGACUUGUUACACAAUCUGCUGUUAAACUAUUUAAAGAAUUUUUGAGACUGUGAAUACCUUCUCUACUUUGUCAUAUAACACUAGGUUUAUAUACAUCAUUAUUUAAUUUGGCCUUUAAUUGUUUCAUUUUUUUCUGCAUUUUUCUUCUCACAGGCUAAUGAGCAUUUUUAAGUAAAUGGUAAUGUGAACAUUUGUCUUUGUAUGUGAUGUUUGAAAUUGACAUUGGUCUGUUAGGGUUCCAAAACAUAUGACAACGUAACAUUUGGAACAGCCACACUCAAUUUCAUUUCUAUAUUCCCAUUUAAAUAUAUGGGUUUUCUAUUGGUCCUAAAUAUAUGUGGAAGAGGCGAGACUAAGUUACCCAUAUCUGAUAGGAUAAGUAGAGCCCCAAGUAUGAACAAUUCCUGAUUUUAUGUAAGGUUUUUUUUUUUUUUUUUUUAUAAAGAAAAAAACAUAUUUAAGGAUGUAAGGCAGCAUGGUACGAUGGUGUCGGGUCACCCUCUCUUAAAUGAGUAAUAAUUUAACUUUACCCAUAUUUCUUUUGAGUUUACCCUCUGUAAUACAUUUCUGGAGCUGGUUGAAUCACCCCAUUUUUUUCAUAUAUUCUGCUUGGAAAAAUAAUUUUUCAUAAUCCGAGAAUAUUGGCAAGUACAAUCAGAGAAUAUGAGAAUUGCUUUCAGUAUUUACAGCUAGCUGUUAAUUAGUGUGUGGGAGCAGAAAGGCAAGGAGAUUGAAGGGUCCUUGCUGCCCUAACCCCUGCCAUACACUUGUCUGUCUUAAUAUUCUGGCACUGGCCACUCUUUCUUUAUUUUUUUAGCUUUUGUACUUAUCAUAUAGAAAAAUCCCUUUUCUGUUUAACAUAAAUGCAAGUUUUUGAACCAUAAUUAAUGUGAAAAUAUGUGACUUUUACCAAAGUUACUCAGCAUCAUAAACUGACACAACUCCUGGUGACUACUCGCCUGUGUCACUCACAAUAAACAAACACCUUCCUGCCUAUAUAUCCGUUGUAUGUUUAUGCAAGGUAAUAUGUGGCAUUUUCAGAGCUAGUUGGGGGCUUUAUUUUUGCCUUUUUAAUAUUAUUUCAUUAAAACCAGCAUUCCAUACAUUUUAAAGUUCUGGUAAUACAGAUUGUACUGUUAGGGAAGCUUUUGCAACAUUCAGUUGGUGUUGUAGUGUUAUUAAUAAGCUGAUCUAAUCAAGUUCUAUAUACUCUGUCUGAGGUGAAAGUGGCAUAUAGAUACACAACUGACAGUUCUUUAUGAAAUAUUUUUGCCCACUGUUUUAAAGACUUUUCAAUGACUUUAUCAUGCUGUUAAACCCACAUGUUGCCUUGCAGAACAAUAUAUUUUGGGACCAAGCUAUAAUUUUGUGGAGGCUAUUAGAAAAAACUAACUUUAAUAUAAAGCAAAUUUAGAAUAAAGAGCUUCCUAAUAUCUGCCAGUGAGAAAAUUAGGUGGUGGUCCUCUGUGUAUUUUUUUUUUUUUUGGACUCCCAAGUAAUUAUAUAAAAAAUAUAUGAAAUAUAAUAUUGACCUGUAAAAACUUUUAUUAAAAUAUAUUGUUUCAUA